CAAAGGCCCCUCUCAGCCGCCGUCCGGCCUCCGUGCCCUCGUCUCCACAGCUGCCACUCUGGUGUGAAGGGAGGGCAGCCGAGGCCGGAGACUGAGGCGGGACCCUGGGCAACCCAUCGUGGAAUCGGGCCGCACUUGCGCAUGCCUCGUUGUUAUGAGGCCACUCUGCAAUCCGGCUCCCCCGUCUCUAUGGUCCGGCCGGGCGGGUGGUGACGUCCUCCCGCGAGACUGGCGGGUGGCUCCUCCUGCUUCCGGGUCCGGGCGGCGCGCGUGUGGCCAUGGGGAAGCCGGCGCGGGGCAAGAAGAGCGGCCCGGGGGCCUUCGGACGCGGCCCGGGCCCGGCCGCUGGGUCGGUGCGCGGCAACCCCUUCGAGGUGAAGGUGAACAAGCAGAAGUUCCGCAUCCUGGGCCGGAAAACGAAGCACGACGUGGGGCUGCCGGGCGUCUCCCGCUCCAAGGCCCACAGGAAGCGUACGCAAACAUUGCUAAAAGAAUACAAAGAAAAGGACAAAUCUAGUGUGUUUAAAGACAAACGGAUUGGAGAAUAUGACACCAAAAUAAGUCCAGAGGAAAAAAUGAUGAAGAGAUUUGCUUUGGAACAGCAGAAAAGCCAUGAGAAGAAGAGCAUCUAUAAUCUUAAUGAAGAGGAAGACUUAACCCAUUAUGGCCAGUCUCUGGCAGAUAUUGAGAAACUGAAUGAUGUUCUGGGCAGUGACAGCGACAGUGAAGAAACAGGAAUGCUGUCAGCUGAAUUAACUGCUGCUCAUUUUGGUGGAGGCGGUGGUCUUCUUCGUAAGAAAGCUCUCUUGGGGCAGGAAAAUGAAAAGGAUGAAAAAUGUAAAUCGCGCAAGGAGCUCAUUGAGGAACUAAUUGCGAAAUCCAAACAGGAAAAGAGAGAGCGACAGGCUCAGAGAGAAAAUACACUAGAACUUACAGAAAAACUUGACAAUGAUUGGAAAGAAAUCCAAGCCUUUCUGUCCCACAAAGGUUCCAAAUCAGAGACAAAACACAAAGUAGAGGAGAAGGUCAAGCCAGAUGAAUAUGACAUGAUCGUUCGAGAGCUUGGAUUUGAGAUGAAGGCACAGCCCUGUGGCAGGAUGAAAACUGAAGAAGAGCUGGCGAAAGAGGAGCAAGAGAGACUUCUCCAGCUGGAGGCAGAGAGAUUACGUCGAAUGCAUGGCGAAGAUGACAUUGACACCAAAAAGAAACCGAAGCACAUUUCAGCUGAUGAUUUGGCAGAUGGAUUCAUCCUAGAUAAAGAUGACAGGCGUCUUCUUUCUUAUAAUGAUGGAAGAUUGAAUAUUGAAGAUGACAAAGAUGAGGAUGUGGAAGAAAGUGUAGGGAGAACAGAAGACGACAGUGAGGAGGAGGAGGAGGAAAGUGAGGAAGGAUCUGGAAGUGACGCAGAUGCUGUCGACAGUCACUCUGAUCUUGAAUCAGACGAUGGAAGUGUGGAAAAAGCCAGUGCAGGAGAAGAACGGGAAAAGAUAAAUGAAGGGAGCGAAAAUAAAUCACCAUCUAAGGACCAAAACGCAAAGAAGAAAGCCGCCGGUCUGGAGCUGCCAUAUACGCUUGCUGCUCCAGGAUCCUAUGAACAGCUUAAAGCAUUAUUGUUGGGGAGACCAGUGGAAGAGCAGCUGCUUGUGAUAGAAAAGAUCAAGAAGUCCAACCAUCCAAGCUUUGCCGUGGCGAACAAAGCAAAGUUAGAAAAACUGUUUGGAUUCCUUCUGGAGUACAUUGUGGAGCUGACAGCAAGGGAGCCUCCAGAACUGAAAACCAUCGAUAAGCUGGUUCUGGUCUUGUAUGAUCUUUGCCAAAUGUUCCCUGAAGCUGCGAGUAAUCAUGUGAAACUUGUCCUUCAAGAUGCUGCUCAUGACAUGGAAGAAAUCCUAGAAACGAGAGGCCGUGCACCAUUUCCAGGGCUGGACAUGCUUAUAUAUUUGAAAAUCGUUGCGAUACUUUUUCCAACCUCUGAUUACUGGCAUCCUGUGGUAACACCAUCAAUGGUUUAUAUGAGCCAGCUCCUUACAAAGUGUCCAGUGACAACCCUGCAAGACGUUGUUAAAGGAUUGUUUGUUUGCUGUCUCUUCCUGCAAUAUGUAUCUGUGUCUCAAAGAUUCAUCCCUGAACUUGUCAACUUCCUCUUGAGAAUUCUUCACACGGCUGUGCCUAGCAGAGGAGUCCAAGGUCUGUCUUUGAUGCAUCCUUUUAGGUCACUAGAUAAAAACUGCAGCCUCCUUGUGAUCAGUGAGACAGCAGACACAAAGACCUGGCAAAAGCAAAAUCUUCCACUCCGUACAGUAAUUGGAUCAAAAGAAAAUAGCAGAACAGAAGUGAAUCAUCUCAGGCUGUCCUGCAUAGACAUGUGCCUGAAUCUUGUUAAAAGAUGUGCUGUUCUGUAUGGAUCGCUCCCAUCCUUCCAGGAAGUAAUGAAGCCCAUCCAACUACUGCUCAGUCAGCAUGUGCCAGUGAGUGCGUACCCUGCACAGUUACAGGAGUUCCACAACAGCAUUCUAUCGCAGCUGGAGACCCAAGGACCACCUUAUCAUCCACUAGUGUGCGAAAAGAGUGAUAGUAUACCAUUAGAGUUCAGUUUUGCCCCUAGACUGUUGCGCAACCUUGAAUUUGGAAGGAAGCAAGGAAGCAAUGAGAAAGAGCAGGAAAGAAAACGACUGAUACAUAGGCACAAACGUGAACUGAAAGGAGCCGUCCGUGAGAUUCGCAGAGAUAACCAGUUCCUUGCCAGAAUGCAGCUUGCAGAAAUCACGGAAAGGGAUUCUGAAAGAAAAAGAAAAGUGAAACAACUCUUUGGCAGUCUUGCCGAGCAAGAGGGAAAUUGGAAGGCGAUGAAGAAAAAGAAGUUCUAAACUUGUGCUGGUUAUGUUGUACAGAAGGGAAAUGGGGAUAUUUAUAUUUGUCAUCUGAGUUGGCCAGCAGUAAUGCGAUAACUUUGCAUUGAUUUUAAACAUGAAUGCAGCCAUACUAAGGAAGUAAAUACAAACUGGACA